GUCAACGCUUACUUUGCAGUUCGUUCAUGUGUUUCUGUCUUUCUACUUUCACUUCCUCUUUCUCAUUUUGUCCCUUUUCUCUCUUCCGCUUCUGUUUUUACUUCUCGUUAGUCAUUCCUCAGUUUCUCACUCUCUCUUUGUACUCAUCGACCUUCUCCUCUUGCUGGGUUUUAUUUUUCUUCUUCUUUUAGCUCUAUCGCUUAUUUUUUUUUCUUUAUAUUUUCCUAUUUUCCACUAGUAGCUUGUUUUAUUUUUCCGGAAAAGCAAAAGAACAAGGAUUUAAAAGAAAAAAAAGUAAAAUUUGGCUGAUUUUCUUUUCGCAGUCCUCUCUCUUUGUGGACUGAUUGAACUCCUUCCAUUACUAGGUUCUCAUUUCUUUUUUAUUUUUUUUAUUUUACUUUAUAUUGAUAAUUUUUUCCACUAUAAAUUUGCUGUAUUUUUUCUUAAAAAAAAAAAAAAAAAACUCGUUUCGGGAGUAAGACUCGAGACUAUAACGGAGUAAGAGCUACCAUAAUUUAAAAAUCGACAUUCCUUUUUGUUGGGUUCUCUUGGAAAGUAAUUACCUUUUGUUUUCGUAUAUUUAGGUUACACGGAAGGAAACUCAUUUUUCUCUCUCUAUCUUUGAAACUUCUUUUUCUGUUUCGUGUUGCUGGCUCUAGGUGGGUAGGCGUCUGUAUUGGGGCUUUGAUUUCUUUGUAGGCUGGAGGUUUUUGGGUCUGAAUUAGAGUAGUUAUGGUGAGAAAACACGGAUGGCAGCUACCUGCUCACACCUUUCAGGUUGUUGCAAUUACUGUAUUCUGCUUGUUAGUGGUUGCUUUCUAUGCUUUCUUUGCCCCUUUCCUUGGAGGCCGAACGUGGGAGUACAUUCUGGUUGCCACUUAUACUCCAGUGGCACUCCUUGUUUUCAUUCUUUAUGUUCGUUGUACUGCAAUUAACCCAGCAGAUCCUGGCAUUAUGUCUAAAUUUUAUCCUGGGGCAACAAAUAAAUUUAAUACAAAUUAUGGCUUAUCGGCAAAAGACCUGCCUAGAAAAUUUGAUGAAAUUGAAAGUGGGGAGCAUCAUUCUUCUCCAUCAUCGGCUUCCAAAAGUUCUGUUGCAGGGGCUAACUCUAGUAAGAAAGGGUCAGUGAAUGAGAUUGGGGGAGAGAAUAAUCCCUUGGAACCAACAAGCAGAAAAUCCUGUUUUAGAUUUGGAGGAAUCUUCUGCGCAUUGUUUGUUCAUGAAGAUUGCCGCAAACAGGAAGGGGCAGCUGAGGAGCAGGGAACUGGUGAAGAUGCUUUGUUCUGCACAUUGUGCAAUGCUGAGGUUCGUAAGUUCAGUAAACACUGUAGAAGUUGUGACAAAUGUGUGGAUGGUUUUGAUCACCACUGCCGGUGGCUUAACAAUUGUGUAGGGCACAAAAAUUAUGUGACUUUUAUUACCCUCAUGGCCAUUAGUCUUGUUUGGCUUGUUAUUGAAGCUGGAGUUGGUAUUGCUGUUCUAGUCCUUUGCUUUGUUCAUAAGAAAAGCAUGGAGACUGAAAUUGUUGAUAGACUUGGAAAUGGUUUCACUCGUCCCCCAUUUGCAGCAGUUGUGGCUUUAUGUACUUUAGUUUCCAUGCUGGCAUGCAUACCUUUGGGUGAACUAUUUUUUUUCCACAUGAUUUUAAUUAGAAAGGGUAUUACAACCUAUGAGUUUGUUGUGGCAAUGAGAGCCAUGAGUGAGGUACAUGGAGGAGCAUCCGUCGAUGAGGAACUGCCAAAUAUAAUGUACUCUCCAUCAGGGUCUGCUACAACAGGUUUGAGCGGUGGAAGUUCCCUAGGUUUGCAAUACAAGGGGGCAUGGUGCACCCCUCCUAGGGUAUUUGUGGACUAUCAGGAUGAAGUUGUUCCUCACUUGGAGCCUGGAAUGGUUCCAUCAACUGUCGAUCCAGACGCAGCUGGAAUUGCAGAUAGAGGGCUGAAGGGACCCAAAAGGCCUGUUCGUAUAAGUGCUUGGAAGCUGGCAAAGUUAGAUUCAAAUGAAGCUGUGAGAGCGGCAGCAAAAGCCAGGGCAUCGUCCUCUGUUCUACGACCAGUUGAUAACCAUCGGUUACAGGAUCAGGAUUUAAGCUCCAGUGGCAAUAUGAGCAUCAGAAGUAGUGUGAGCACUGACAUGGGAACAAAUAAAGACAUAAAGAAUGAUCUGAGAUCAUCUCCCUUGAGGAACUCUUUUGCUCCAAGCCAAGUCAGCCGAGAUGAGUAUGAAACUGGGACUCAAAGUGUGAGCAGCUUCAGCAGUCCAAGCCAUGUUCAUGAAGGAGUAACACUUAGCCCUCUACCUCAAGGUCAUGGUUUGGGUCGUUUUAGUGCAGCUACUGCUUUCCCUAGCUUAGUUCAGGAUCGUCAAUUAACUAGUAAGGCAGCCUUACCGAAUGUCAACACCUCCACAUCCCAUCCUUUGGGAUUUGAUGAAAAGAUCAUUCAGAAGGGAAGUAGUGAUCCUUUACUGCUUUCAGCUCCUGCUACUUCUCUUCUCAGAGAUGUCAAAAGAACAUCUGUUGUUUGGGACCAAGAAGCAGGGAGAUACGUUUCAGUUCCAGUAACAGCCUCAGAAGCUAGGAACAGAUCAUCCACGCAAGCAGGAUUGCCAACUUUUACUGCAGAAACAAGCAGUUAUAGCAGAAGGCCAGUUAUUCCACUGCAAGAAUCUUCAUCUUCUGCAGCAAAGCCUCCAGUUCCACAAGUAGAAAAGCUGAUGUACACAGGAGACUCUAUCUUCUUUGGCGGUCCGCUUUUGAGUGCCCCAUUAAGGGAUAACUUGAAGAAUGGACGAGGUAGAGAGGGCCAAGAGAGAUUGGCCCUUAAUUUGUCUCGGGAGUCCAGAUUCAAAAGGGAUUCAGCAUCAAACCAGCUUCCCGUGUUUGUCCCGACAGGUUUCGAGCAUCAUAACCCAUCAUCUGGCUCUGGUUCAAAGUAGCUUCAACCUUACGAUUGAACUUCUAACAAAAUGCACGGACAAUAUUCUUCCGGUUAGCUGUUGGUUAGUGAAUGGGCUGUGGAAGCUGAGGAAACCUCUGACAGGAACUGUUCCAUAACUCCUAAAACGUUACAUUUUGAAACUGUUGCAAACACAUUUGUAUCAACAUGUUCAGGUCAUCUCUUGCAUAUGAACUGCUGAAGUCAUACCCUGGCUUAUAUCAAAUCUUGUUUGCUUUUAUGCGUCA